UUCCCGUUGUCACAGUCGCUUUUUCUGUCGGGAAAAGUUGAUUUAAGUUAAUAAGAAAAAAAAAAUUAUUACAUUUUUUUUCUCUAAAAAACCCCUUGUGUCUUAAAUCGCUGUAUUUCUCUUCUCCCGAAUACAAAUCAAUUAACAAAUUUUAAUAAAAAUUUGUCACUUUACCCUUGUGAACAAUUUCAAAUCCUAAAAAAAAAAACAGCAACACAAAAUCUUUUGCUGCACUUGCAUAAAUUUUGUUUUCUUUUUAUUAUUUUUUCUUGCUUCCUUGAUCCAAAGUAUAGUUCAUUUUUCAUGCCGCGAUGGGCGUGCGGAGUAUGUGAAUUAAAAUAAGAAAAAAUAAAACAAAAAAGAGACGAAAAAAAAAAAAGUUUCUACUUUCUCAGAUUGAAAAAAAAGUAUUUAAAAAAAAAAUAUCAAAGAGUUGAAUAAUUAUCUAAACUCAAACUGUAUCCAAAUUAUUGUGAGCGUUUCAUUUUUUGUUUCUCGUUUUUUAAUUUUCUUGUGAGAAACCAAUCCAACUGGGCACCAAAAAAUAAUAAAAAAAAUGAAAGCCCAUGGAAAUUGAAGCAGAACCUUCUUCAUCCUCCUCACCAUCUUCUUCGUCAUCCAUCAAUUCAACUGUUUUUCAUUUAUCAUAGCCAUUAGAAGACUUUCAAGUCUCAUUCUGAAGCCUCCAAAAAGGUAUCCAUUAUCCAAACGAAACACCUAAAUCAGGAAAAAUUCUAUGAAUUUCAUGAAAAACAACAACAACAACAAAUGCAGCGCGACACCAGAACACACUGACUUGAUAAAUCACCUUACUAUAGUGACCCUCACUGUGUAAAUAAAAUAUACUUAAAAUUAGUUUCCCAUUUCUUGUCAUUAAUAUGAAUCGUAUUCAUAAAGAGGGAAUCUAUCGUUGAGAUUACGCAGAAGACCGCAGCACCGUGACACUCUUGUGUCCGGUGAAUGUGUGUAAGAGCCCAAGUUGCUACUGUGGAUUAUAAAGGAAUAAUCUUUAACUGAACCAGAAAGAAAAUAAAAAAUAAAAAAAAAGAAAAUAGUAAAGGAGUUCAAUAAAAUAACAAACAUACAAAACUCAUAUUAGUGAUCGGCACUUGUGCGAGUUUUAUUGAAACGUGCUCUAUGAGAAAUGUCGCAAGGCGGCUCAUCAGGAAAUUCAGGGGUUGACAAUAGCAACACACAAGGAGAGUAUCGGGAAUAUCAUUGGGCUUAUUCCGUAAUGGAUUCUUCAAGAGUAUCGACAUGUCUCAUUUCGAUGCUUUUGAUUGUUUAUGGUAGCUUUCGUAGUUUGAAUAUUGAACAAGAAGCUCGUGAGCGUCAGGAGAAGAAACGUAAUGAGUCCAUGACAAAUUUACUUACUGGUGAACCCAUAGAAAAUGAGCCAAGUAAGUUUGCAACCUUAGACACAAUGCAUGCUUUGUGUCUGCCACUGGGAGCAUCGGUGUCAUUGCUUGUGAUGUUUUUCUUUUUUGACUCCAUGCAGCUGUUGUUUGCCGUGUGUACAGCAAUUAUAGCAACUGUUGCUCUGGCAUUUCUUCUUUUACCUAUGUGUCAAUACAUAAUUCGUCCUUGUUCGGAUGGCAAUCGCAUAUCAUUCGGAAUAUGCGGUCGAUUUACCGCAGCUGAACUUUUUAGUUUUACACUAUCCGUUUCAAUAGUUUGUAUUUGGGUGCUCACCGGUCAUUGGCUACUUAUGGAUGCAAUGGGAAUGGGCUUGUGUGUUGCAUUUAUUGCAUUCGUACGACUGCCAAGUCUAAAAGUGUCAACUUUACUUCUAACUGGCCUACUCAUAUAUGAUGUCUUCUGGGUGUUUUUCUCAUCGUACAUUUUCAGUACGAAUGUUAUGGUUAAAGUAGCUACACGACCUGCUGAAAAUCCUGUUGGAAUUGUUGCGCGCAAAUUGAAUUUAGGUGGAAUUGUAAAGGAACCGCCCAAACUUAAUCUUCCCGGGAAAUUAGUAUUCCCCAGCAUACAUAAUAGUGGUCAUUUUUCAAUGCUGGGACUGGGAGAUAUUGUGAUGCCGGGACUUUUAUUAUGCUUUGUGUUGCGCUAUGAUGCGUAUAAAAAAUCUCAAGGAGUUACAUCUGAUCCAACACUGGCACCACCAAGAGGAAUGGGCUCGAAACUAACGUAUUUUCAUUGUUCCUUAUUAGGAUAUUUCUUAGGAUUACUCACAGCUACUGUGAGCUCUGAAGUGUUUAAGGCAGCUCAACCUGCUCUAUUGUACCUUGUACCAUUUACUUUAUUGCCCUUGCUCACAAUGGCUUAUUUAAAGGGUGACUUACGGCGGAUGUGGAGUGAACCAUUUAUAACGCAUCAACCAUCAAAACAACUGGAAGUCUGAGUGUUUUUUUUUAAUUUAUUUAAAACAGAAAAAAAUAAAAAUAUUCUUAAUAUAUAAUUUUGUUCUUAAGUGGUUCGAUAAUAGAUUUUUUAUAAAAAAAACAAAAAAAUAUAACUGUAAUAUGUAUCGACAAUGAUUUUAUUGUUGUAACUAUAAUUACUAACUAAAAGUAAAGUAAUUGCUAUUUUGUAUGAUUAAAACCAGAAAGAAACAAAUACUAUUUAUAAGAGAUUUUUUUUUCAUU